AUGUCUGUGUCAGCCUUUGGAAGAAUCACCUUGGGAAGUGGUGGAAUCAACACCAAAAUUAAAGGCAUGCUUCAACUUAAAAUUGGUUGUGCCAUUACUAGUACACUAAGUUGCAAAACUUACUUACAGACUACAGAAGAGCAAUGGAAUAGCGAGCUUUCAUUGACUGAUGGAUCAGAAAUAGAAGAAGGGAUGUCAAUAGCAACUCGACCUAAGCAUCACAGGAAGAAAGGAAAACGGAAAUUCAAGAAUGCUAAAAUAGAGGGUGUUUUAGUUGCUCAAGCUAUGAAACUUAUUCAAGAAUGGCAAUCAGAAGACGGUGAACCGAUGGAUGAUUUUAAUCGAUUUGGGUUGUGUGUAGCGGAUCAAUUGCGGGAUUUAGCUAACAGUUCGGAUAUGCUUUUAGUUGCUCGAACCAAAUUUAAGAUUGAACAAGUGUUGUAUCAAAGUGCUAAGCGAGCAUACAUCACUCUGAAAAAAUAA